AUGCGGCUGCCACCUAUCGUUUUGAAUUCACAGACAAUAUCUGGGAUUACUGGUUCUAUAUCUAUUGCUUGUUGGGUUGUCGUAUUCGUACCGCAGAUUUACGAGAAUUUUCGUCGCAAGUCUGCAGAUGGGCUGUCCUUACUAUUUGUUAUUUUAUGGUUGGCGGGGGAUAUAUUUAAUUUGCUAGGUGCCGUUUUGCAGCAUUUAUUACCGACUAUGAUUGUUUUAGCGACAUACUAUACACUUGCAGAUAUAGUACUUUUGGUGCAAUGUUUUGUGUAUGAAAAGAAGGGCGAUGUGGAUCCAGUGCAUUUAUCUCCGGCAAAUCCAAUGAAUGAGAAUGUAUUACAAGAUGUUUUCAAUGAACGCCAAUCUUUAUUGACAGAAAAUGGUUUACCAAGAAGCAGACAGUCUAUUGAAUUAUCAACCCGUGAACAGAUUACCGAUCUUUUGAAAUCGCCGGUUCCAUCAAUAACAGAAGUUAGCAAAGAUAAAAGAAUAAGAAAGGAUAUCCUUAAAGUCCUACUUGUUCUGAGUGUUGUUUUGUCCGGAGUGUUGUGGUGGUACAUUUCAUAUGCGAUACACUAUGGGUCGCCAGCUUCACGUCCUAAUUUGUCCAUCAAUUUGGUUGGGCAAGCCUUUGGAUACCUCUCUGCUGCUUUAUAUUUGAGCUCCCGUGUGCCCCAGGUCUUACUAAACUUUAAAAGAAAGUCUUGUGAGGGAAUUUCCUUUCUAUUUUUUCUAUUUGCAUGUUUAGGUAAUAUCACUUAUAUCAUAUCUGUUCUCAGCAUUUCUAUUAAGGCACGGUAUUUGCUGGUAAAUGCUUCUUGGCUAAUUGGAAGUAGUGGUACACUUCUACUGGAUUUCCUCAUAUUUGUUCAAUUUUUCGUUUACCGUAAUAGUCCAAUUGAUGGCGACUCGGCAUUGAUGCAAAGCUCGGCCUAG